AUGGCAUCAACAACCACACAUCCCGAGUUCAACGACCAGACCUCAGCCCUCGAGGUCGCCAAAGCAUUCGCAUCUGGAAUAACCGGAAAGACCAUCAUCAUAACAGGCGUGAACAAGAAUGGCAUCGGGUUCUCCACCGCCGAAGCAUUCGCCUCCCAAUCCCCCGCCCAUCUCAUCCUAGCAGGCCGUAAUCCUUCAAAGAUCCAAGAAUGCAUCGAAGCUCUCAAGUCCUCCUACCCCACCGUCAACUACCGCCCCCUCAACCUUGACCUCUCGAGCCAGAAAUCCGUCCGCACCGCCGCCUCUGAGCUCCUCUACUGGUCCGACAUCCCCACAAUCGACAUCCUCAUAAACAGCGCAGGCGUGAUGAACAUCCCCUCCCGCACGCUGUCCGAGGACGGUAUCGAGCUACAUUUCGCCACCAACCAUAUCGGGCAUUUUCUGUUUACCAAUUUGAUCAUGCCGAAACUGAUCGCUUCCGCUACCGCCGCUGCUGCCGCUGGCACUAAGGGUGCGACGCGCGUGAUCAAUGUUAGUUCGCUGUCACCAACGUUUGCGAGCAUGCGGUGGAGUGAUGUGAAUUUCGAUAAAGUGAAUAAAACCCUCCCCGAGGCUGAGCAGCCUAAUUACGACGUCCAUCGGCAAUGGGGCACCGUCUCCCCCGAGGACGCUUCAUACCUCCCGCUAGAGGGGUAUAACCAGAGUAAAGUAGCCAACAUCCUCUUCGGCAUCGGCCUAAACUCCCGUGUAUUCGAAAAGCACGGAAUCCUAAGCGUCGGUCUGCACCCAGGUAUCAUGCAGACGGAGCUGAGUCGUUCGACCUCAAAGGAGACCAUUGAGGCAGUGGGAGCGUUGUUUGCGAGCGGGAUGUUUAAGUUCCGCAGUCUAGAUCAGGGGGCGGCGACGAGUUUGGUGGCCGCGCUUGAUGGGGGGUUGAGGGCGGGGGAGGGGGGUGGGGAGGGGAGUGGGAGGGAGAAUUGGGGGGCGUAUUUGGUGGAUUGUCAGAUUAACGAUAGGGCGAAUCCGUUGGCGGUGUCGAGUGCGGAGGCGGAGAGGUUGUGGGGGUUGUCGGAGGAGCUGGUGGGGGAGAAGUUUGCUUGGUAG